AUGGACCCGGGCGUAUUCUUCGCCUACCUCGUGUUUGGGGGCUACUUUGCCCUCAUCGCCGCGUGCUUUGUGCUGGUGACGAGCAGCAUUGCCGCCCAGAAGCCAGCCGAUGCGGUCGUGCAGGGAAGGCCGUUUGUCUUCCUUCGUGUGGCCUUUGGUGCCCUCCUCUGUACAUGGUACUUCAUGUUCCAGUUUAUGAAGUGGUCGUACAUGGCCUACCGCCAAACACACCCCGGUGCGCUCAUGGGCGCGUGGCUCAAGAACACGUCCUUGUUUGAGCAGGCGUGGCGCGCAGUCUGUGUCGGCACGGGCAACUGGUGGUGGAGCAGCUGGAUCUGCACGUCGGCCGUCUUCUUCGCCGCCGGUAUCUGGUAUGGCUCCAUUCGACACGGUAUCCGCUACCCGUGGGCGUACAUGCUCCUGGGCCAGCUGGUCGCCAUCUCGGUCGCCAUCGCCCUCUUCCUCACUGCAGUGUACAUGCACGAGCCCAGGCCCGUACAGCCCAAGGCCCCCUUUUUGCUGUGGACCCUCCUCCUCGCGGCCAUGUACGCCAUCUACGCUCUUCCGUCGUACGCGCACACGCCGACAUUCAUGCCCGUCCUGGGCCUCAUCCACGGCGCCGUCAUCGUCCCGCUCUUCUUCGUGCCCGUCAAGGCGUUUGGAGCGGCCACUACCGCGCCGUCGUCGUCUUCAGGCGUGGCAGUUGAAGGCAACGCGUUUGCGGGCAUGAAGUUCCGCGCCCUCUUUGUCAUCCUCGCUGUUGCGAGCGUGUUCGUGCACGUCUCAACCACGUCUCAGGUGCUCAGCUCCAUCCCGCGCAACGCCUCGCUCUUCCAGCACCUGUACACCACCAUCAUCUCGCACCCGGCACAGGGCAGCGUCUCGCUCGACGUCAUCUGGGUGGCCGUCACCGCCGCAGUCUUUAUGCUCAUCAACGGCUCGACGGGCGAAGUGAUCCUCAAGGGCUCCCUGGUGGCCGCAGCGUUUGCCGUCGGUCUCGCGCGCUACCUCGGCGUCAACUGGCUCCUCAUCGGAAGCCUCGUGCCCAUCGUUGGCCUCCUCGGCGUGGCGGGUGUGGCGUUUGCGUUCACCCAUGUUCGUAAGCGUAACAGGAAGCGCCGCGAGGCCUUCCUCGGGCGUCUGGGGAUCAAGGAGUCGACAGUCAUUGCCGGUACCGCCAAGGAGGCGCCGUUCAUGGCCCGUCGCCGUAUCAUUGUCGGGUUCUGGCACCCGUACUGCAACGCUGGUGGGGGCGGUGAGCGCGUUCUCUGGACUGCCAUUCAGUGGCUCCAGCGCGAAGACCCCGACGUCGUGGUCCUGGUCUACUCUGGCGACUACCCGACCGCCUCCAAGGAAGAGAUUCUGGGCAAGGUCAUGCUCUCGCCCAAGACGCUCGAGUUUGUUCCCCUCCCGUCCCGCCACCUCAUCUCGGACGGUUACUGGCGCCGCUUCACGCUCCUUGGCCAGUCCUUUGGCAGCCUUGUCCUCGCAUGGCAGGGCCUGUGCGGCAAGGAUGGCAUCUGGGGAGACAUUUUCAUUGACUCUAUGGGCUACGCCUUUGUCCUCCCCUUUGUCCGCCUCGUGACCGGCAGUGAGACCGCCAUCGGCUCGUACACGCACUACCCGACCGUCUCUGCCGACAUGGUCAAGCGCGUGCGCGAGCGCAGCGCGGGCGUCGAGAAUGGCGGUGUUGCCAACUCGGCAUCCAAGACCUGGGCCAAGCUCGUGUACUACCGGAUCUUCACCACGGUCUACGCCACCGCCCUCCUGUUCUCCGAGCACAUCAUGACCAACUCGAGCUGGACGCAGGCGCACAUCCAGUCGUUGCUCACCAAGGGCCGGUCGUCGACUCUCGCGUCGCUCCUGCUCAUGGACGACGAGACGCAGCGGGUAAACGAGAAGCGCGGCGAGUCGACUCCCGACGACCGGGCGCGGUGCGAGGUCGUCUACCCGCCCUGCGACACGACCGAGCUCACCAAGCUUGGCAACCUCGAGCACCGCGCGCGCGAGCUCGUCAGUCUCGCCCAGUUCCGCCCUGAAAAGGACCACGCAAAGCAGAUUCACGCGCUCGCCAUCCUGUUCAAGGCGCACCCCGAGUACAAGACUGGUCCGGCCCGUGUGCAGCUCACGCUCAUGGGCGGGUCGCGUGGACCAAGCGACGAGGCGCGUCUGGACGAGUUGAGAAAGCUGGCCGUGGAGCUCAACGUCGAGGACAACACCACCUUCCUCGUCAACGAGCCGUACCCCACCAUUGUGUCCAAGCUGGGCCAGGCGUCGAUCGGCCUCAACACCAUGCAGGACGAGCACUUUGGCAUCAACGUCGUCGAGUUUAUGGCUGCCGGUCUCAUCCCCAUUGUCCACGCCUCGGCCGGCCCGCUCAUGGACAUUGUCGUGCCCUGGAAGAACCAGAAGACGGGCUUCCACGCGACCGACGCCGAGUCGUUCGCCGUGGCCAUCCACGAGGCCCUGUCUCUGCCCCCCGCGCAGCAGCUGGCGAUGCGCAAGGCCGCGCGCGCCCUCGCUGCGGACAAGUUUAGCGAGGCGGCGUUUGAGAAUGCGUUCCAGAACGGGUGGAUGCGCCUCGUGCAUCGCGCCGAGGAGCGGCUGGGCGCGGCGCAGGAGGACGAGCAGUAG